AUAAAAGUGGCCCAAAACAAAAUAGGGCUCGGCUAUAUAUUCUUAAUAAACACACACGCUCUGGAAACCCUAGAAUUCCCAUAGCAGCAGCAGCCAAGAGGUUAGCAAAACCCUUCCCCAAUCUCUCCAAAUUCUUCAACAGUAAAAAUGUCUAUCGGUGAGCUCGGUUGCACUUACGCCUGCUUGAUCCUCUCCGACGAUGGCAUCCCCGUCACUUCGGAGAAGAUUGCGACACUUUUGAAGGCUGCGAAUGUGAGUGUGGAGUCUUACUGGCCGAGUUUGUUCGCCAAGCUUGCGGAGAAGAGAAGUAUUGAUGAUCUUGUUAUGAAUGUCGGAGCUGGUGGCGGUGGCGGUGCUGUUGCCGUUUCUGCCCAGCCUGCCGGUGGUGCUGCUGCCGAAGCUAAAGCACCUGUUGAGGAGAAGAAGGAGGAACCUAAGGAAGAAAGUGAUGACGAUAUGGGAUUCAGCCUCUUUGAUUAGGAUCUGUUAUCACCUGGAUUGUUUAAUUUCCGUUGCCUUUUUUACUUUAGUUUCCAUGAAUUUUUUGUUCCAUAUGUACUUUGUGAAGUUCACAAAGUAUGUAGUCGUGUAUGAACCUUGUUUAAUGAGAAAGUAUUUAGUCGUUUGAACCUCGAGUAAAGGAAAACUGCCUAGUAGUAUAAACUUUGCUCAAGAGGAUAUGUUGAUUGUUGAACCUGAUAUAUCUGUGAUACUGUGAUCUGCAUUUGUUUUUA